AUGGGUGUGGAGAGAGAGAUGAGUGAAGACAUGACGCUGUGCAGUGUACUGAACGAGAUGCGGUUGGAGGGGUCGCUGUGUGACGUGGUCCUCAGAGUGGACAAGGUGGAAUUCAAGGUCCACAAGAACAUCCUCUCUGGGUACAGCCCAUAUUUCAGAGCUCUGUUCACAAGAUGGAGCAGCUUGGAUCAGAUGGUGUACACCAUCACUGGUGUAUCUCCAGACAUCAUGGAUCUUAUAAUCCACUACAUCUACACCCAGGACAUUCAAUUCACCACUGAUAAUGCGCAGGCUCUCUUAGUCAUGGCCGAUUACCUGCUCAUCCGAGACCUUGUUUGCACCUGCUGCGACUUCCUGAAGGCACAUCUCAGCCCGGAUAACUGCUUAGGGAUUUGGCAGUACGCCGAUGCUCACUCGUACUAUGAGCUGCGAGAUCGGGCCUACACCUACGUCCUGCAUCACUUUGAGGACAUUGUUCGGUCUCCAUCCAGUGAGUUCUUGGAGCUGACCGUGGCGCAGCUCGGCAACAUCCUGGAGAAGGAUGAGCUGAACAUCAACCAGGAGAAAACAGCGUUCCGAGCUAUAAUCAAGUGGAUCGAGCACGAAUCUAACGUCCGAAUGCAGCACAUCGUGGACCUGCUGCCGAAGGUGCGGCUGGCUCUGAUAAAUCCGGAAUAUUUUCUGGAAAAUAUAAAGAAAAACCUGCUGGUCAGUAGCUUCUGGGAAUGUCAGCUCAUCAUCACCCGCGCCAUGAAGGCCUUGUACUACACUAACAUGGCUGGACCCAACAGCGGAUACCCAGAUCCACUCACUCGACCACGGCUCCCGUAUUCCAUCUUGUUCGCCAUCGGCGGCUUCAGUGGCGCAGCUCCUACAAACAUCGUAGAAACCUACGACUCAAGGAUGGACAGCUGGAUGUGCAUCUCCAGCGCAGAACAAAGAGCUCGAGCCUAUCACGGCACAGUGCUCCUGGACGAUUUUGUGUACAUCAUUGGUGGUUUCGACAGCAUGGAGUACUUCAACACCGUGUGCAAGUUCAAUCCUCUCGAUGGAACCUGGAACGAGGUGGCGCCCAUGCACUCACGCCGCUGCUAUGUUAGCGUGGCCAUGCUGGAUGGAUACAUCUACGCAAUGGGAGGCUUCGAUGGCUUAGUGAGGCUUAACACGGCUGAACGUUAUCAGCCAAGCACCAACCAGUGGAGCCUCAUCCCAUCCAUGCACGAGCAACGAAGUGACGCCAGUGCUACGACCUUAAAGGGCAAGAUCUACAUCUGUGGAGGCUUCAAUGGAAACGAGUGUCUCUUCACGGCUGAGUGUUUUGACCCUCAUCAUGAUCAGUGGACGCUGAUCGAACCGAUGCACACGCGCAGAAGUGGCGUGGGCGUCAUCGCUCUUAACAACCAAGUGUUUGCGAUCGGGGGUUUUGAUGGAGCCAAUCGUCUGCAGAGCAUCGAAGCCUACAACCCUCGUACCAACUCCUGGAGAAUGCUUGCCUCCAUGUUUAACCCAAGAAGCAACUUUGGCAUCGAGGUGAUGGAAGGCCGCUUGUACGUGGUUGGCGGCUACAGCGGUGAAGGCACCACCUCCAACUGCGAGUGCUAUGAUGAGGAUACUGAUGACUGGUUCAACGUCCGGGACAUGAAUAUUUUCCGCAGUGCAGUGAGCUGCUGUGUGAUUUCCGGGCUUCCCAACGUCACCGAGUACACCGUCACACGCGAUGGCCUCCUGUAGAUGCAGAGCUUUUACUUACGCUGAGAAAAACCAAAAGCUAUUAAACCACAUCCCACUGGCAGAACCUCUAUCUCCAGCUGCUUAUUUCAAAUGAGUUUUUUUUGUUGGGGCCAUUUGGAGAGGUGAGGAGUGCUGAAAUAUCUGAGGCUGUUAGAAAUGAAUUCAAAUCAAUGAUUUUUGAACCAUCAAAUGAUCACUGAACAAAAUUUGUAUUGUAUCAGUUUGGACAAGAGAUCAAACUUCAGUGAUUUGGGCAUAAACUUCAACAACAAUUUAGUUCAGUACAGCUCAAUAAAAAAUAACGACUAAAUGAAAAUCUCCUGGGUUUGUUCCAGUACAGCGUAACGGUACGCGUGUCCCGGGUGGAAAAGCGCUAAUAUAUAGCGGCGGCGUGUUCCUGCGAAUCAGUGUGUGUAAUAUUCCAUCUCGAA